UCCGCGGCGUCCUCGGCGCUGAAGGGGUUAAUUCAGCAGUUCACCGCCAUCACCGAAAGAGCUACUUGGCCAUAGGUGAGAAGAGGUAGGCAUAGACAUCAAUAGAAGACUGUUGCAAUAAUUGAAGAUGCUGGUGUCCUGAAAUAAGUUAGUGGCAGAGAAGUGGACUCUGAAAGGACACAAAGCUGAAGGAACACUAACAUCUAACAGACGGUAAAGAAGAAAGUACAGAGAAGGAUCGGAAGAAACCAAAGAUGUAGGAGGAAAACCAGGAGAAUGUGAUGGUGCAAGUGAAAGUGUAGGGAAACAUAUGCUUGAAGCCUGCAACAAUAAUCUGGAGAUGGCAGUCACUAUGUUUUUGGAUGGUGGAGGAAUCGCUGAAGAGCCAAGUACCAGUUCAGCAAGUGUCUCCACUGUCAGACCACACACAGAAGAGGAAGUCCGUGCCCCAAUUCCUCAAAAGCAGGAAAUAUUGGUGGAACCAGAACCUUUGUUUGGUGCUCCUAAAAGACGACGGCCUGCACGUUCAAUAUUUGAUGGUUUCCGGGAUUUCCAAACUGAAACUAUUCGGCAAGAACAGGAAUUAAGAAAUGGAGGAGCAAUAGAUAAGAAACUAACUACCCUUGCAGAUCUCUUCCGGCCACCCAUUGAUUUGAUGCAUAAAGGCAGCUUUGAAACAGCCAAAGAGUGUGGCCAGAUGCAGAAUAAGUGGCUGAUGAUAAACAUUCAGAAUGUACAAGACUUUGCAUGCCAGUGCCUCAACCGUGACGUAUGGAGCAAUGAAGCUGUGAAGAAUAUUAUCCGAGAACAUUUCAUUUUCUGGCAGGUUUAUCAUGACAGUGAGGAAGGUCAGAGAUACAUACAGUUUUAUAAGCUAGGGGAUUUCCCCUAUGUUUCCAUCUUGGAUCCACGGACAGGUCAGAAGCUAGUAGAGUGGCACCAGUUAGACGUAUCUUCUUUCUUGGAUCAAGUAACAGGAUUUCUGGGUGAACACGGGCAACUGGAUGGACUUUCUAGCAGUCCCCCCAAAAAAUGUGCCCGUUCAGAGAGUCUUAUAGAUGCAAGUGAAGACAGCCAGCUAGAAGCUGCCAUCAGAGCCUCCUUGCAGGAGACACAUUUUGAUUCCACACAGACAAAACAGGAUAGCCGCUCAGAUGAAGAAUCUGAAUCUGAACUUUUUUCUGGCAGUGAGGAGUUCAUAUCCGUUUGUGGCUCUGAUGAGGAGGAGGAGAUAGAGAAUCUUGCCAAGUCUAGAAAGUCUCCCCACAAAGAUUUGGGGCAUAGAAAAGAGGAGAACAGAAGGUCACUGACUGAGCCCCCUGCCAGAACUGAGCCUGGAACAGCCACAAACCACCAAGGAUUGCCAGCGAUGGAUUCAGAAAUAUUGGAGAUGUCACCUGAAAAAUCAGAUGGAAUAGUGGAGGGCAUUGAUGUAAAUGGACCAAAAGCACAGCUGAUGUUGCGGUAUCCAGAUGGAAAAAGGGAACAAAUCACUCUUCCAGAGCAAGCUAAACUACUAGCUUUGGUGAAGCAUGUCCAAUCUAAAGGAUAUCCAAAUGAACGUUUUGAACUUCUCACCAACUUUCCUCGAAGGAAACUCUCUCAUCUGGACUAUGAUAUUACAUUACAGGAGGCAGGCCUUUGUCCUCAAGAGACUGUCUUUGUACAGGAAAGAAAUUAACAUCAUGGCCUGACCUCUCUCAGCUUACCCCUUUUUUUCCCUUUUUCUGUGAGAUACCAUGUCACUGAGUAUGUAUUUUGGCUCAUAGGACCAUAGAGCCAAAGUUGGGCAAGCAAGUCACCUGCCUUCUCUUUUAUUUCUUGUUCUCUCCUAUAAUCAGUCUCACAUACCCCACCCCACCCCUCUUUUUCUCUCUUCUCCCAUUUUCUUCUUUUUCCUACUUUUCUCUCUUUCUUACCUAAUCUGGUGACCAAAUGGAAGUGUUAGGAUAAGACCUCCUAGUACUGGCAGCAGGAAAUGUAUGUUCCAAUAAGUGGUCUCUUACACAGCACUUUUUUGGGAUCAAAUGAUAAUGUUACUCCUCAGACUCCUUUGGUAAAGGAAUGGCUAGAUUCAGAAUAAGAGCAGCCUCCUUUUUCUGUAAGCCCCAUGUUUAGUAGGGAGAGGAAAUUCUCUAACACAUGUUUUGUUUUAUUAUUCAUGUAGGAAAUAAUCGUGUAACAGUGUCCAGGGUUUUGUUUACAUGGAAAAAGCGUCCUUUAUAAUUAUUGCUCAUCAUAUUUAAAAUUUUUUUCAAAGGAUUCCCAUCUUCCCAGCUAGAAUUGUUUCCAUGAUAUGUGUUAUUGACAGAAAGAAUGUUAAACUAGGGUGAGUAGCAUGGGGUGGCUUUCAAUAUCCUAGCCUGAGACAGCUUUCUUUAUUACUCUAUAAACUAUCUUGAUCCUGCUAGUCCUGGAAUGGACAUUUCGUGAGCAUAUUGUGGUGACUGGGAUAGGAAGGUGCUUGCUGUUCUUGCCAGUGCAGCAUAAUAGUUCCUUUGGCCCUUCCAUUGUUUGGGUCCACAAGUGAUCUGUAGGAAGGCAGAUGUUCAAUAAUCAUGAGUACAGUGGCUUGUAGUUGUAACCACUAUGGUUAUUGAUUGUCCUAUGUACUUUAAGGCAUACUUAAUGUAUGCCCCAGGGGAAAAAGAAAAGAUGCAGCUGAGAGUUGCUAACCAUGUUCCUUUGGUUAGAAGUAAUGAUUCAUUUUUUACCCUUGGUUGGAACAGUCUCUAAAAGGCUCUGGUGACUGAAUGAGCCUAAUUCCUCAUGCUGUUUCUUGCAAAAGGUAUCAAAACUGAAAACCUCUCUAAGUAGAAGACCUUUAAAAUCAAUUCAUAAGACAACAUUUAGUAAGGGAGGUGGGGAAGAUUACCAGUAAUCUUCAGAUGUGGGUUUUUUCUGCCAACAAAAGCCACAUUCAAAUUAUAGUUGAUGAAUGCUUUUUUCAGUAUUAUUUAGAAGAGGCCAUCUUGAAUCUAUAUAAUAUGAUUUGACUUAUCAGCUUCACAUUAUGCUCGAUUCUUAUUUUGAGCUUUAGAGUCCUCUGAAGGGGUAGUAGUAACUCUGGUGGCAAAAAUCAGAACUUUAACUUGUUAUAAAACCAUAAUACAGAAUGAACGUAUUUUGUCAAUUGGGGUUUAGAUUGACUGAUUCUUCUGCUUGAGGAACAUAAAUUGCUAUUGCUCAGAGACCUUUAGGUUCCCAUCUACUUUAAGAUCACUCUCUUGGCAACUAGGGGAUUAAAAAAAAAAAAACAUGCUUGUUUUUGCUAGUACACAAUUAGCGAAUACAGUUUCUAAUGGUUGGACUUUGAGGGACCCUCUCUAAAGAAUGAGUUAUGUAUCUCCUCAAGGAAAUCAUGGAAAAUUCUGUUUAUUCUUCAGUGAGUCCUAUUGAAUUAAUGUUCUUACAUUUUUUUCUAAGUCUGUGUAAGUGCUUAUGUAUAAGUAUAUAAUUGUAUAAAUAUUUAUAAAUAUAUUUAUAUAAUUACAAUUUCAUUUAUACCUUGAGUCAAAGUUCUCUCUUUAGAUUGGUGACUGAGUAAUACCACUUCGGUGUUUUUUUUAUAGGCUCUCGAGGCUAACUAGCAGCUUCUGAUUUAGUGAGGAGGCAUGGUUUUCAUGUUAAUUCCUCAGUUGUAUCUCUGAAAUUGGAUAAUAUACUUGCUAUCUGAAGAAAAGAGCUAUAUACAAAGGUGCAUUAGAGGGUAAAAAAAUUGUUGGUUGUAGACAAGGUCAGAAAUCUAGAAAUUCAGGGAGGCACAGGGUAAGAAAUGAGGUUAUGCUCAGUGUUGGUGCUGUCAUGGCACCUAUCUCCACUCGGCAAAGUCACAGCUAAAGUCCAAAUCUGUCAAAAAUAUGAAGUCAAGAAUUUUCCCCAUAGGAUUCUGUUUCAUUCUUUUACCUACUAGUUUCUUUUUAUAAAACAUAUCUAGAGAACUUGAGACAACAUGUUCGUUAAUGAUAAGAUGUAGUUCUUUCUGAUAAGCUCAGCCCUGGCAUAUCCAUUUAUGAGAAACCAAAGUGACUUUUUCAACUUCGAUUACUGUGAGAUGACCACAUCAAAGUGAUAUAAGUAAGCAUAUCAAAGAGAUAGGGCAUGAGAUACUGAUCCAACUUAGAUAAAACUGGAGUGUUUAGAGUACAAGAUUAGAGGAUUUUAUUUUAUUUUGAGGCAGGAGUGUAAUUAUCCUGGCCUUGAUAUAGAGGCCCAUGGGGGAGGCAUUAUGGAUUGUACCCAAGAAGAGUAUGGAUUGUGCUUUGUUCAAGAACUUAAUCCACUUAGGUAGUAUGUCUUAUUUCUUCUGCAAAUUCCUUAGCUCUUUGGAGGAGAGGUUUUAUUGAAUAGAUAAAAUGAAGUUAGUAAGAUAGGUAAAAAUAGUCAUUCCUUGUAGGUAUUGGAAACAGCUUGAGAGAGAUCUUAAAAGGUAAGGAGGAAAAGAACAAGAUAGACUUUGAGAGUAAAUGACAGGAGACAAAUAUAAAGAGAUGAAAUGAAAACUAGCAGGGGAAAGGUAACAGGAAGUCUUUUGAAUUUGAUUUAGGAAGGAACCAGAGAAGAGAACAGCUAAAUGAGGGAAGAACAGGGAACUAAUUUUGAGUAACUAAUGUGCGAAGUACUUUAUGUGCAUUUUCUCCUUUAAUCUCCCUAAGAACUCUACCAAAUGGAUAUUUCCCCCAUUUUAUAGAUAAGGAAGAAAAUUGAAGUGCAGAGAACUUGUUCAGGAUGUCACAGCUAGUAAGUAAGUGGCAAAAUCAAAAUUGGCAUUCAUGCUUUUCACUCCCAUGCUGUAGUCUCCUGCAAUAGGAAUCAAUUUGCUCAAAAGGUUAUCUUCGCAUUGUUUGGCUCUGUAAGUUAUCAUUUGAUUUUUUUCCUUAAAGCUUGUGAGAUUUGUGCUAUGCCUAUAAAUUCUUAUUUACACUGUUAUUUUGAGGGGCAGAUUACUGAUUGCUUUUUUAAAAUGAUACAGUGAUGAAAAUGUAAGAGGAAAAUAACUAUGGCAUUAUUUGCCAAGAAAAAAUGGAAAGGAUAAAAAAGAAUUUUAUCAAAUUUUUAACCAUUUCUCAGAAAAGAUACAAUUAUCUUUUCUAUAUCCCAUCUGUAUUAGAUUAUUGAAACUUCUAUGUGUAUAUUUUUAAAUCUCCUAUAAAAUUCUACUUCCUUGAUUCUAUAAGUUAACAAUUAUUUGAGUCCUUAAUCAAAGUUGGAAAAAUCUUGAAAUCCAAGAUCUGGUUCCUGCCUGUUUUAUCCAGUUGGAGAGACACACUACACUUGAGAUAAUAGGAGAAUAUGUAAAUGCUUACCUUUUUGAGACUGAACCAUAAUUACAAUAGAAGUUUAGAAAGGGUAAAGAAUAGUGUAGGCUUUAGUUAGGAAAAUAAAACUGGAAAGUGGCAAACACUGUGGCUCAGAUUUUAUUUUGACUUACCUGUAUUCUUUAGUUCCACCUUUUGUAACUACUAGAUUUAGGGCAUGAUGUUUUAACAGUAAGGCAUAACUAGUACCCAAGUAGGAAAGAAUUAUUGAUUCCAGGAUUAAAGAUUUUAGCUAGCAGGGAUCUCACUUGGAUACUUAGGAAAAUACCAGAGGGAGCCACUUGCUACUGAAAAGUGAAGGAAAGAUUUAAUUUCUAUACCCAGGUACAAAUUAAAUGUAUAAUACAAUAUAUUAUAUAUGAUAUGCAGAAAGGGCACUAUAUGUAGGCAAUAAGUGUACUUGGGUAACAGCUCUGCUUCUAAUUAACAGAGAACUGGACUAGAUCAAUAGUUCUUAGUCUGUUCAAGUAAAAGGGCUUGUAAUUUUAAAAUUCAGCAGUGGUGGGGAGUUGUGGGGUUAAGUAUAAAUAUCAUUAAUUCCAUAAGUGGAGAAAAUGUAAAUGUGCAUAUGGAAUUGCAGACCUUUUGCAGAAACUCUUGGAACCUACAGAUUGUAGACCACUGAAUUAGAUUAUCUCUGAAUCCUUUCCACUCCAAAAUUUAAUGCUUUUAGUCUCUUACCUUUAUUUUAUAUAUUAUCCCUAGAGUAAUUAAAAGUAUACUUGUUAAUCAGUUCUUGCUUUUUUUUCCCUGUGUCCAGGUUUCAUUUGCCCAGUAACUUGCUCUACCCUACUGUGAUGACUGUAAUCUCCAGAAAGGAGAGUAUAAUAGUUACAGAUCUAGUAAUGAUCUUUUAAACACAAUUCAUUACUUCUAAAACUUAAUGCUGUGUUCCUAAUCAGUGUUGAGUAUGACUAAAAUGUAAUGAGAACCAAAUAUUUCACUGACACCAGAGUUAAAUUUUAUUUUGUAUGUGUACUUAAACAAAGCACUUUACUGGCUGAGCAAUUGUUAGGAAAUUGAUUUGUGUAAGCUGUAGAAGUCACACUUGGUUUUGACAGAAACAAGUGUUUCAAGAUCCAAUUAGGCCAACUUUUUAAAAUAUUUCUUAUCCCAUAGAGUGUAUCUCCAUGGUGUCAUUCUCUCUCUGGCCCUCUUUCAUUUGGAGCCAGAGAGAGAGAGUAAAUAGUAUUCAGUAGUACUACUCAAUAGUAAAUCAUGGGGUGGGGGUUGAUGAAUAAGUAAUGUCUUGUGUAAAACUAAAUGAGAGUAAGAAGAAUCCACCCUUCUGGUGAACAUGGCAGUUUUCCAGUAGGACCACUUAAAGACAGCUGUGUACUAUGAAUAUUCAACUUCAUUGAUUUGCCUUGCUUAGCAUUUUAGUUACUGCCUCACCAUGCAGUUUAGUAUUGCACUGUACACAUUUUAGAAUGGUGGUAAGAAUGUUCUUUAGUACUGAAAAUAACCAACAGAGAACACCAAGCCUGACAUUGAUUUCUCCUGACAUGUAGAAAUUUGGUAUUUCAGUGAUGGCUAUUUUGGUCUUUGAUUCACCUAUGUAUCAAUCCUGCUAGAGAGACAGCUUAGAAUCUAGCUUUUUUCAGUAGAGAUUAUGAUGACCUUGGUAGUUUUCCCAUGAAGUGAUCUCGUGGUUAAAUUAUUGGAUAUAAUGAGACCCUUAAAUUAGAAAAUCUUUUAAUAUAAUUUUCUAUUUUAUUUUUCUAUUCUCUUCUUGAUUUUUGACAUCUUUUCUCAGAAAAUGUCUUGAUUUUUAAUGAAAAUUGGCUGUGUUUAAGAAAUUCCAUUUCUAAAUUUUAAUAUGUAACAUUUUUCAUUUUUCAUAAAUUAAUAGACAAGGAAAGAAUUUGAGGCAAACAUCAUUUUUAUAACUCAUUUUCUCUCUACCUAAGAAUCCUUAUUCCAAAUAUAGAAUAGCUAGCUCCAUGAUACCCCUCUGCCUUUUUUGGCCUAUGGAAUGCAGUUGUAUUGCUUAGAAUCUCAGUCAUUCUCAUAAACAUGAUAGUGUUUGGUACAGGCCUUGCUUUGACAUAUGAUCUCAAAGUAGAGUUGAGCAAUCUAAUAUGAACUACUUUAAUAAAACAUAAUUUAGCAUUUCUGUAUUUUCAAAAGAUAACCAGAUUUAUUUGUAGGAUUAGAGAUACAAAUACCGAUGGUAGUAUUUUGCCUAAGAACAAUCAAAUAUUAAUCUAUAAAUAUGGAAAGCUGCCUUGUUGUAUUUAAUUCUCUUGCAACAAACAGCAAAUUUUUGUUGUUUGCCUAAUAGUAUUUCCUCUACAGAGAUCAAAAUGCCCUAAGAUUUUAUAUCCCUUAUAAGGUCACUUGGGUUUACAAAUUGGAAGAAUAAGCUGGACUUAACAUAAGAAAAAUUUUACCUCCAUUAAAAGAAGUUGUUAAUCUAACUGGGCCACCAUGAAUCACUCAUUUAUUAGACAUGGUAAAUAAAAUGGGAAACAUUUCAAAUAAUUAGAUAAAUUCUGACCUGGAAUUGAAUUCUCCCUUCCUUAAAAUCUUUUCUAUUUGCUUUUUUCAUAAACUCAAUAUGGGCAUCUUAUCUGAUAAGGGAGAAAUUCUUGAUAUGGAGCCAUUCCCUGCCAUUGUGCUUUUUUCCCCCUCUGUCAAGGUCACUGACUUUAAGUACAUGUCACCAGGAUAUAUUUCAAGUUAAUGGCAUUGGAAUGUUGAUGCUCAGUUGGAUAUCUUUCUGUUUUCAACAAAAUGGCUUUAUAGUAUGCUUUUCUCAAAGCUUCUGUGUUCUUAAUAAUGGAAAAUAUCAAUAAAUGGUGUGAUUCAAAAUAUAAAUAGGUUUUUGACACUGAUAAUCAGAUGCUCUUAACAGUAGCUUUUUGAUAAUUCAUUGCCCUGUAAGUUAAACCUCAUGUGGAGUGACCAUUGCCACCAGAAAAUCCCCUCUUACAUGCUAAUUAGAAUGAAAGGAGUAUGUGACCUCCACUUUUCAGUUAAUGCGUAGGAAGUUUGUAGGGGCUGUUUAUCUUACCUGUUGGGGGACUUGGGCCUUGUUACUUUCCUCGGUUUGUCACUUCGGUUUGGAAAGCGUAUUUAAAACUUGCUGGGAAACAGACAGUAAAGCUAUGAGAUAAUCCUCUAGUCUUAAAUGUAGAGAAAUGAGUACCAGUUGAUGCUACCACAAUACUUAGACUUUGAGGGGCUUCCAGCCAAGCUUUGGCAUGAAUUUUAGACACAAUUUUAUUCACUCUUAAGAAUCUUUCUUUCUAGAAUGGUUUUCCCUUUGAUUGUUAACAACUUCUAAGCAUCUGGUGUCUUUUUUUUUUUAACCCUUUAAGAAACAAAGUAGGUAUUGAUUGUUCCAUGGAAACACUCAGGAGUGUUUGUAGGCUUCUGUGCAUGCUUUGUAUGAAUUUAGUUUGAACAAUGCGUUCUGAAUCAUCUGGGAUGUCCAAUUCUGGCAUGUCUUCACUAACUGUGUUUUUUAAACAUUUUCCAUGUCAUUUUCCAAACCUCACUUCCCAUCUUAUUCAGAGAAGUUUAACCAAGGAAUGAAAUUUGGGGAUAGGGAUGGGGGUGGGUUGGGGGCUUGAGUGAAGUCAACUUAGGGUAUUUGCUUUAGUGUUCUCAAGCAGUUUCUCACAGUGUUUAGAAAUUCCCUGGGAUGUUUGUGUACUCACCUUAUUCUGGAUAAAGUGGUGGUCUUAGUGAGAUUUGCAUUCUUAAUGCAGGACAGGCUCUAAAUUUAAUCUGUAGUGUAACUUUGUUAUUGAAUCCAAGAAGAUAAUGGACAGAGACAGUGCUUCUAUUGUAAUGUUUCUGGCAAGUGUUCCCUAAAAUGCACAUAUGUAUAGUUCUCAGUUUUCUGGGCUUUAAUCCCGUGGUGCUAGGAGAUAUCAUUUAUUUCUGCAGUUCUUCUCAAGAGUGGGAAGAAGGCUUUGGGCCGUGUGAGAAAGGGGCAACUGGAUCAUCCACUAAAUUUUUUUGUUCAAGACACACUAGAGACCCUCCUGUAUUUCUAGUAAGUGAUAAUAAAGGUGCUAGGGAAAGCCUUAAAUCUGAAGACAUAUGGAGGCCGUAGAAAAUCUAAACUUGUAGGAGGAGAAAAACAAGCCGUUAGAUAAAGCAGAGCUGUAACUGCUGGCUAAGACUCAAUGGAACUUCCACUUGCUCUAAAACCAGGGAAAUCUUAGAUAACUGGGUGUGAUAUAUCUAUAGAUACACAUAAUCUAUAGGUAAAUAAUUUCUAAAAUGAGGAUCUUUCUCUCAGUUGGUGAUCCUCUGGUUUUGGCUGUACCAAAUUGUGAAUAUUCUUGCUGUGUUGUACCCAGUUGCUUUAUAUUGAUAUUGCAACUUGAAUUGGGGAGGGGGGCGGUGGGACAUUUGGGGUUGGGGAGGGAGGGAAGUCUUUUGAAGACAUCAGCUCACUGUGCUGAGAGAGGGACCAAACUCAAGGAAACCUCUGAUCUAUAAAUUCAACUGCUGCAUUUUUUUAUAAAUACAUGUAAAUGUCCUGUUGUAAUAUUUGAUCUUGGAAAUAAAAUCAAAAACUUUUCAGUA